AUGCCCUCAUUAAAAUCUCCUUGCUCGGCACCAUCUCCACAAGCGCCAUCAAAAAAGCGAUUCCGCUUCAAGUCAUCCAAGUACCAAGCGCAAGAAUCCCCGCUGUCAAGCAACACGGGUUCAGAAGAGACCCCAGAGAUCUCAACCGAAAAGCAAGGUAGCACACCAGAUAUCUUCAAUCCCAACCACGGCAGCAUUUCCAUUCCAGACCUCAAGCUCUUCCACCACUACGUUACCGAGGCCUACCGCACCCUCGCCGACCAGUCCAUGGACCGCAACCGUGUCUGGCAGACCCAUCUUCCACAAUGGGGCUUUUCCUCGCCAUCGAUCUUCCACCUGAUCCUCGCUCUCUCGGCGCUCCAUCUAGGUUAUUUGCAGCCGGAGCUGCGAGACCAAUACGUGAUGCAGGCCGACAGUCAUUUCACCUUCGGGAUUCGAUCCGUCACGGCCGUGCUGUCGAAGCUUGACCCCGAGAACUGCCAGCUAAUCUACAUGUCGGCGGUGUUGAUCUGCCUCGUGUAUUUCGGGCACGGCCCGCGAUUGGGUGAGUACCUGGUGUUCGGAGAGACCGGCAAGGCUGAAUGGCUGGUUCUGAUGAGAGGGGUGCGGUCGAUUCUGCACGCCCACCGAUCAAAGAUAUUUACUGGGGUCCUGGAACCCCAGCCUGAUCCCUCGAUCCAGGGAGUUGGCCCGUUACUACAGGACGAGCUUUGCCAACAGAAGUAUCAUGUCGAGAAAGUUCGACAACUCAUCGAUUCACAACAUCUGGACGUGGAUACACACAUAAUGUAUGCCGGGGCCAUCGAUAACUUACUGGAGAUGUUUGAGGAGGCAUAUGCCUUUCGCAGUGCAGGCAAAGACGGUAUCUGCGUGUUGCAUGUUGUCGUCGGCUGGAUCUAUCGGCGUCCCGAGGAGUUUAUCAACCUACUCGAGGCCAAGGAUCCGCUGGCUAUGGUUGUCCUCGCCCACUGGUGUAUGCUUUUGAAAUUCAUGCGAUCUUCCUGGUUGAUGGUUGGCUGGGAUGAGCAUGUCAUUCGGGGGAUCCAGACAUCUUUACGGGCAGACUAUCGGGGCUGGAUCUCGUGGCCUGUGAGCUUUAUCCAGAGUUGA